AUUCACUCCUCCAUACAAAAGCCUACAACCUUUUAUUUCCCCCCUCCCCUCUCUCUCUCUCUCUCUCUCUCUCUCUCUCUCUCUCUCUCUCUCUCCUCCAUACGAAAGCCUACAACCUUUUAUUUCCCCCCUCCCCUCUCUCUCUCUCUCUCUCUCUCUCUUCAUUACUUUCCGUAACUUAAACCACAUUCUUCAAUACACCAACAGUUUCUUUUCCCUCUCUCUCUCUCUGUAUCUCUCUCUCUCCUCAGACAUUUAUUCAUGGCUCUCUUUCUCUGUCUUCUUCUCAUUUUCAUAUUCCCUUCAAGCAAAGCUCAGGGGCCACCUUCACCAGGCUACUGGCCUAGUUCGAGAGUUGGUUCGAUAGGGUUUGACCAAGGUUUCAAAAAUCUUUGGGGUCCAGAGAACCAAAAUGUUGACCAGGGCUCACUCACAAUUUGGCUUGAUAAAAACUCAGGAAGUGGGUUCAAAUCAUAUGAUCCCUAUCAAUCUGGAUAUUUUGGUGCUGCUGUCAAGCUUCAUCCUGGCUACACUGCUGGAGUGAUCACAUGCUUAUAUCUCUCAAACAAUGAAGCCCACCCGGGACACCACGACGAAGUUGAUAUCGAGUUUCUGGGAACGACGCCGGACAAGCCAUACGUUUUGCAGACAAACGUGUAUAUUCAAGGAAGCGGAGACGGGCAUCUCAUAGGGAGAGAGAUGAAGUUCCAUCUCUGGUUCGAUCCGACGCAAGACUUCCACAACUAUGUCAUUCUAUGGAAUCCCAGUGAGAUCAUAUUCUAUGUGGAUGAUGUCCCAAUUAGGAGGUAUCCAAGAAAAAGCGAUGCCACAUUUCCGUUAAGGCCCAUGUGGGUCUAUGGUUCGAUAUGGGAUGCCUCGUCCUGGGCCACCGAGGGUGGAAAGUACAAGGCCGACUACGAAUACCAACCGUUUAUCGGUCGGUACAGGGACUUCAAACUCGGCGGAUGCAAAGCGUCGUCCGGGCCAACCUCAUGCGGCCCGCCGUGGAGUCAACCGUCAGGCCCCCGUGGGCUUAGCUCGCAGCAGUACGCGGCCAUGGAUUGGGUACAGAGGAACUACAAGGUGUACGAUUAUUGCAGCGAUCCAAGCAGAGACCAUACCCUCAUUCCUGAGUGCUAGGGUUUGGUCUCAAGAGACUGUCGCGAAAUUCAUGAGUGAAAAAAUAAUAUUUGGAUUGUCAUUCAACGCGAAUCUGGGUGAAUUGUUACGAGCUACCAAUUGGUUAAUGUUGUAGGGGGUAUUGAGAUGGGGGACCCUCUUGUCGAAAAAUAGAUGCAAGAGUGGUUUAGAGUCCAAGCCUCCAAGAUGUGGAAGAUUUCUAUAAAUGUGUGUUUAUUGUUUCUUAGUGUAAUAGUUAGUAAAAUGUAUUGGUUUAGAGUCCAAGCCUCCAAGAUGUGGAAGAUUUAUAUAAUUAUGUUUUUAUUUUUCUGAGAAAUAGUUAGAAAAUAUGUAUGGUGCCAUGCACUAUAAAUAUGGGAGAUAGAGAAAGGGAGAAAAGGAAAAUGGAAAGAUGGGAAAGACAUUAAUGGGGUCUUGAGUGUUUGGUUAGAACACUGAUAGAUGAGACUGUUGUAAGUGUAUCUCCUUUUCUUGGCUGUCAAUAUUUUUAUUAAAGAAUAAAAGGGAAAUUAGCCACCCAAAA